AUGGAACGAAUUGUCAAUAGGAAUGAUAAUGCCAAUAUUGUUAACAAGAAUAAUCUAGGAGUUUCAGCACAACAAAUUAAUACAUCGGGUGCUGGCUUGUUUUUAGGUUCAUCAGGAAUUAGUUUAACAGAUCCACAAUAUAAACAACUUCGUAAAAUUUAUGUUGGAGGUAUACCCGAUAAUUCAAGUGAAAGGGAUAUUAUAGAAUUCUUUACUAUUCAAUUAAGAAAAGCUGGAAUGGACUAUACGAAUCAUAAAUACAAUCCUCAACCAGCAAAUUCAUUGGAGUUGUUGAUCAUGUCUACAGGUGCUUCAAAUGCAAACAGUGGAUACAAUUCACAAUAUCAAUUUACUGAUGACAAUGUCAUUCAAAUUUCCAUGCACAAGGGUUAUGCUUUCGUAGAUUUUAGAACACCACAAGAGGCAACCUAUUGUGUUAAUUGUUUAAAUGGUACUCAAUUCAGAGGAUCUAUACUAAAGAUCAAUAGACCAAAGGAUUUUGUAGAUCCUCAAGUGACAAUUUGCUAUACUUACAAUAGAGCAAAUGGAGGAAAAUCAAGUGGAAGUGCUAUUUCCAAUCAAAUUGUCAAUGAUGUACUUAUAGAUGUUAUGCCUAGCAAAAAUGGUUUUAUUCUCGAUUCACCAAAUAAGCUCUUUAUUGGUAAUUUGCCUAAAGAAUUGAGUUUGAAACAAAUUUGUGGAUAUUUAGCAAGAAAGAAUCAGAAUAUUUCUGCACUUAAAUCCAUUCAUGUUCCUAAAGGAAUAUUUGAAACUGACAACCAAUAUGGUAAUGAUGGAUUUAUUUUCUGUGAUUUUUAUGGUAAUACCAAUCAAGUAACAGCUGAAAUGAACAAGGUAACCCAAAGACAAUUAUUGGAAGAAAUGAAAAGUAUGGGGUUAAUAUCUCAAGAGGACUUUAGUAGAAUUUUCCAAAAAAUUUCUGAUAACACAUUUUUACUGGUUCAGAGAGCCCCAUGUGAAGCAAAAUUUGAAUUAACAGAGAGUGACAGAGUUAUAGAAAUUCAACAACAAUAUAGACAGCAAUUGGAUGCCGACCCAAAAAAGGCUGCUAUUGGAAGAGUGUUAGAUCUCAAUGUAAAAUAUGACAUUGCCUUACAGCAGGUGCCACUCCACGAAAAUAAGUCAACUCAACACAGUUCAACUGUAGUUUUCCUAAACUGUUUGAACCUUCCAGAAGACGUAUCAAGAUUUGAAGAAAUUAAGAGAGAUUUUCAAAAUGAGUGCUCUACUUUUGGGAAAGUAUUACAAAUCACAAUACCAUUCGAUCAAUCAGAACCUAAUACAUAUAAUUAUGGAGAAAAUAAUGGAAGAAUUCUAGUGAAAUUUGCAGACACACAAUCUGCAGAAGCCGCCCAAAAAGGUUUAUCUGGAAAGAAAUACAAAGGAAGAACAAUCAUCUCUCUAUCGAUAUAA